AUGAACAGAAAUCUUAUUACAUUUUUAUUCAUUUUAUUGGUUACGUUUUCCACAAUCAAUGCUAUUCCACAUAAACUUUUCAAAAGAACCACUGAAUUCGGUGAAUGUUAUCACGACCCGGAGACACCACCACCAACCUUAAUUUCUGUAACGAUUUUACCUGAUCCUGUAGUUGCUGGAGAAAGCGAUACUUUUACUGUUUCCGGAACACUUACAGAAGACUUGCACCCAAAUAUUCAAGUUAUUGUUUUUUUUGGUGAUCCUAGCACUGGGAAGAUUAUAGAUCAUAUCACUUCUCAACCUGUGUGCGAUGAUCAAAAAAAUCCAUGUCCAAAAGCUAACACCCCCUUCAGUACAACAGUGGACGUUGCAGCAGUACCCACAACAUUACCUACUCGAUAUGAUAUUGUGGUUGGAGUUAUUAAAAAAGUUGAUAUAUAUGGCUGUGCAGCUGCUAGAGUUGGGGCUGGAGUUGAUGAAGUUGGAGGAGCUGGAGGGCUUCCUCCUGCAUCUUAUUUAUUUUUAG